AUGAACACUUCGUGGAAGAAUACUUGUGACGCUUUAAAAAAUUUUGCGGAUGUAUUGAAGUGUAAUAAAUGGUAAUAUAUUGAUCAAAACAAUUGAAAAAGAUUUAUAUUACAUUAUUUUUUAGAUUUUUUUACAUGCGUGUGCGCAUAUUAUUCAUGUGUAUUUUAUCUUUGAGUUUUAUUGUUUAUUUUAUAUACAAAAUUUGAAUUCACAAUUUUGACAGUAUUAAAAUUUAAUUUAAUUUAACAUUAUAUUAUAAUUAAAAAGAUAUAUCUCAAAAUUAAUAUAACUUUUAACUAGCACUUUGUUUAAUGUAUUAAUAUACGUAUAAUUUUCUUUAUUUUUUCUUUGUUUUAGUGGAAAUAAGCCAAUAAAUGCAAUGAGAUACACCAAUUGUGGCCACUUUUUUUGCAAACAAUGUGUAGGCAGCGAUUCAAUUUGUAAAAUUUGUAAAACACUUGUACAACCAAUUGAAACAUGCAAUGAUCACUUAAUUGAGAGCCUUGUAUCUCAUUGCAAUACUAUUGCAGAAAUAAUACAGGAAAGAGAUUUAUGGAAUUUGACCAGGAAUUCAAAUGCAAUACAAUUACCUACAAUGACAAAAAAUACUUCUACACCAUGUUCGAAAUAUCAUAUACCAAAGAAAAACAUAAAUAAAUUAAACAAUAAAGGAGAAACACAAUUACAUAUUGCAUGUUUAAAGCAAGAAGUUGUAAGUUUUGGACACACCAACAUAUGUCGGUUAUUGUUAGAAUGUGGUGCAUUACCAAAUACACCUGGCGAAGGAAAUAGAACAGCAUUACAUGAAGCUGUUAAAGAAAAUAGAUUAACAGAAGCAAAACUACUGCUAAAAUAUUCAGCUAGUAAAGAUGUACAUGAUAAUUCUGGAAAAAAGCCUAUAGAUUAUUGUAUACCAUAUAGUGAGAUGUGGAAUAUUUUGAAAGAUGAAAAUGAAUUGGAUAAUGCAUCCAAACAAGAUCUUAAUCAUACUUUGAAUAAAUCAUUUACUACAACAAGGACAUUUAAUACAGUUGUUAUAUAUGCAUCAGACUUGAAAGAAGAGAAUAAAAAAUACCUGAAUGAAAUAGCUUCAAAGAAUAAAAUUAAAGUUGUAUCUACAUUUCAGUAUGGAUAUAGGUGAUAUAUUGAAAGAAGAUUUAGAAAUAUUUGAAGUUAGUGGUGCUCCAAUUAAAGGUAUUCCAAAAAUAGCUAGAGAAAGUGCACAGAAUCAGAAUCCGGGUCUCUUUAAUCAUUGUUACUUUUAUUUUGCGUGGCAAUCAAAGAAUGUUUACAUAAAUAAUAUGCCGUUAACAAAAAAUGCAUUAUUGGCAUUAAUACAAGAAGGUGGUGGAACAGUUUUGAAAAGAGAACCAAAUCCAGAAAAUAUAAAAGACAAAGGACAGUUUAUUCCUUUCCAUAUUGCAAGUAAACCUACUCAUCCUUUAUAUAAAUGUACACAUUAUGUCAUAUAUGACCCAAAGAAAAAUGAACCAUUUAUAAAAUAUAAUAUGCCACAUAUAAAGACACUCCCACUUAUAUGGCUAAUUGAAUGUAUAGAAAAAUUUACAUUAGUUGAUCCAUUGCAAUUAGAUUUUUUAAGGAGACAUAUGUUAAUAUCGUACUAUGAUUACGAAGAAUUGACCGUUGCGCAAAGAACGAUAAAUUCCAAAGGGAAAUAUCGUACGGUAUCCUGUACAUUUACGGGUAAAGUACCGCUAGUCGUGCACAUAUACUUACAUAUACAUGCAAUGAGAAAGAGGGAAUGGAAGAAAAAAGUUGGAUGGGAGCGAGAGAGAGGUAAAGAGGAAGGACAGUGUGAACAUGAAAAAUAGAAAAAAGAAAUAUAGUUGAGAUUAAAUAAUAACAAAAAUCAGUUAAAUUAAUAUAUAAGUUAAAAAUAUAAAAUAGUAAUUAAAUGUAAUGAAACAAAAGUGAAUAUAGCAAUCGUUUUAAGUUUAGGGAUGACUCGA